AUGUCGUCGGGACCGGCCCCCACGUCGCUGCUGCCGUUCGGGCGGCUCGCUCCCGGGGUGCUGUCCGGCUCGGCGACGCGCGCGCGGCAGGCCACCGGCACGCACCUGCAACGGAUCGACGGGUACUCGCUCGUGGACGGGGCGGUGGCCACCGGCACGGCCGUCCGGUCCAGCCGGUUCCUCGUCGGCGGCCACCAGUGGGAGCUCCUCUACUACCCCAACGGCGUCAACUACCUGCACCGCGGCUUCGUCUCCGUCGACCUCGCGCUCGCCGGCUGCGGCGAGCCCACGGCCACGGCCACGGCCUCGUACCGGGUGACCAUCCUCGACUACGCCGGCAACGCGGUGCACAGCCGGAUCGUGGGGCCGCGCGCCUUCGACCGCCGCGCUUCAACAUGGACCGGCGUGGAGGAGCUCGUCGCGACGGAGGAGCUCGCGAAGACGGCGCCGUUCCUCAUCAAGGACGACCGCCUCAACGUGCGGUGCGACGUCGCCGUGCUCGUGGUGGAGACGAAGACCCGCAACAAGUGGUUCAUGCAACUCGACCGCGCCAUCAAUGGGUUUCGUUAG